GAAGGUUUGUGUGCGUGCGCGUGCCCUGGCGCACACACACACACAUGCACAUCUGGCGGCCCCGCCCCCUCGGCAGGGCGUGGGUUUAUUUGCCUUCGGUGACGUCACACGCCUCCCAAGUUCGGCAGAGGCAGAAAGUCGAGCGGAGUCGGCCUCGCGCGCCAGACCUUUUCGUCGUCCGCGAUUUCGAUCUCGAUCUCGAUCAUGUCCGGCGUGGCGUCCACCCUGGCCAAGAAGCGCGCCGAGGCGGCGGGCUUCGGCAGCAACGGGCGGGCGGUCCCGUUCCUCAAGCAGGACUUCGGUUCGCUGCGGGCCGAGUGCCUGAGCGGCGGCAGACUCUUUUGCGACCCCGCCUUCCCCGCCAGUCCGGAGGCGCUGGGCUUCAACGAACUGGGUCGCAACUCGUACAAGACGCGGGGGGUCACCUGGAAGCGGCCCACGGAGCUCGUGUCUUCGCCCGAGUUCAUCGUGGGCGGGGCCACCCGGACGGACAUCUGCCAGGGGGCUCUGGGUGACUGUUGGCUCCUGGCGGCUAUCGCGUCGCUGACCCUCAACGAGUUCGUGAUGGCUCGCGUGGUCCCCGGCGACCAAAACUUUCACGACGACUACGCCGGAAUCUUCCACUUCCAGCUGUGGCAGUUCGGCGAGUGGGUGGACGUGGUGAUCGACGACCGCCUUCCGGUGAAGGACGGGGAGCUUCUCUUCGUGCACUCGGCGGAGGGUCGAGAGUUUUGGAGCGCCCUUCUGGAGAAGGCCUACGCCAAGGUGAACGGCAGCUACGAGGCGCUCUCGGGGGGUUCCACCACGGAGGGCUUCGAGGACUUCACGGGGGGCAUCGCUGAGAACUUUGACCUCAGCCGACCUCCCGAUGACCUCUUUGAAGUCCUGCGCAAAGCCCUGGAAGCUGGGGCGCUAUUGGGAUGCUCCAUCGACAUCACGAGCGCCGCAGACUCCGAGGCGGUCACGCGCCAGAAGCUGGUCAAAGGUCACGCGUACUCCCUGACGGGCGCCGUGGAGGUCAACUUCCGAGGUCGCCCGGAGAAGCUGGUCCGGGUGAGGAACCCCUGGGGUCAAGUGGAGUGGACCGGCGCCUGGAGUGACGGGUCGUCCGAGUGGGAUUCCGUGCGUGGGGAUUGCCCUCACGCCAACGCGGAGGAUGGAGAGUUCUGGAUGUCGUACCGAGACUUCUUGCGCCAUUACUCGCGUGUGGAGGUGUGCACUUUGACCCCCGACACCAUUUUGGACGACGCCGUGAAGCACUGGAGCUUCAACAAGUUCGACGGCUCGUGGAGGCGGGGCUCCACGGCCGGAGGCUGCAGGAACCACCCCUACACCUUCUGGAUGAACCCGCAGUUCGUCAUCAAGUUGGACGCCGAAGACGACGACCCGGACGACGGCGAGGUCGGGUGCAGCUUCGUCUUGGGUUUGAUGCAGAAGAACCGAAGGAAGCUCAGGAAGCAGGGGGAGGACAUGCACACCAUCGGAUUUGCCAUCUACGAGCUUCCCAGUCAGUUCCACGGCCAGGGGCAGGUGCACCUGGACAAGAACUUCUUCCUGACGCACGCGCAGACCGCUCGCUCGGAGACCUUCAUCAACCUGCGCGAAGUCAGCACCCGCUUCAAGCUGCCGCCCGGCGAGUACCUGGUGGUGCCGUCCACCUUCGAGCCGCACCUCAACGGCGACUUCUGCAUCCGCGUCUUCUCUGAGAAGCGGAGCCAGACCGUGCCUUUUGACGACCCGGUCAGCGCAGACCUCGAAGAUGAAGUCGUUUCGGAAGAAGAGGUGGAUUCGGCUUUCCGAGGCCUGUUCGCCAAGCUGGCGGGACCCGACAUGGAGAUCUCUGCGGCGGAACUGCGGACCAUCAUGAACAAGAUCGUCUCCAAACGAAGUGACAUCAAGACGAGCGGCUUCAGCAUGGACACGUGCAGAGUCAUGGUCAACCUCAUGGACGAAAGCGGCAAUGGGAAGUUGGGCCUGUCCGAGUUCGCCACCUUGUGGAAGAAAGUGCAGCGCUACCUGUCCAUCUACAAGAAGAACGACACGGACAACUCGGGCACUAUGAGCACGCCGGAGAUGAGAGUCGCCUUCAAAGACGCCGGUUUCACCCUGAACAACGCCAUCUACCAGCUCCUGGUGGCCCGCUACGCUGAGCCGGACUUGACGCUGGACUUCGACAACUUUGUGGGGUGCUUGAUGAGGCUGGAGAUAAUGUUCCGAAUUUUCAAGAAGUUCGACCCCGACGACAGCGGCACCAUCCAGCUCAACUUCAAUGAGUGGUUAAACUUCUCCAUGAUCUGAAAGCCAUCCGCCGCCGCCGACCCCUCCCAGAAAACAACUUCCUGUUUCUUCACGUUCCAACUUCAAUAAGUCCAAGAAAAAUGACAGAAUUAAAAGUUUAGCAAACUG